CGUCCGUGCGUCGCGCACGUUCGCGCCGCUCUGUCGCAGCUUCGGGAUUCGGCUCGGCUCUUUGUCGUUGCGUCCCGUCGCCUGGGUGUCAACCCCUCGAGAUCUUCGUUCGCGAUUUAAGCGUCCUCGAAAGGCUUUACUUCUGAUUUUGUGUUAGAAUUCUUUUUUUUCUCCCCUAUCUUUGCGCGUUCCGAAGAUCAACUUCGUUUUCGUACGUUUUGAAAUUUCCCCUCUGUCUCUCGAUAUUUCGAUAUUUUCUUCUCGUUCUUAGAAUUGUAUUUUUCUUGUAUUUAAUUCGCGGGAUUUAACACGCGGGGCGCGCGUGCGCGCGCACUUAUCUCUCGACCGGCACCGAAAAUCGGAGCGCGGAGAAGAACGCAUUUCCGCAUGAUGAAGCGUAUCGUCGACGCUCGCUCGCGAGAGCACCUACGGCGCUCGUGAAAGCCCGCGAUCGCGAAACUGUGACGACUGAUCGACAGCCCGCCGCCUUCCCUGGAUUUUUUUUUGCGGUUUUAAUCUGGCACGCUGCGUGAACAUCGAUCAGGCAGGAGGUGAGAAAGCGGCUCGCGAGCAUGAAAGUGGAGGGCGGAGUGGCGACGACGACGGUCCUCCACAAGGUCAAGGUCAAGGAAGAGACGAAGGAAUGCUGCGGAUAUCAGCAGGCCUCGCCGUCGUCCACGUCGGCGGCCACCACCGCGACCGUCGCGACGCUCACCGUCUCGGCCGCGACGGCGAUCACCACGACCGUCACCAACAGCAACGGUGUUUCCACCGUGAACGCGAAUCCUUCCACGACCACCACGGUGGUCGUCGCUACCGCUGCCGCUGUCGCCGCUGCCGCUGCCGCUGGCGCUGCCACCCCCGCUCUGCAGUCCUCCAGUAUUAUCUGCCAUCCGCCGACGACCGCCUCCAACGCCGUAGAUUCCUUCCCGGUCGACCUCGACCUCAAGGCCAAGAGUAAGGCAUCCUCCGCAACGCGGGAGAAGCCUUCGCGGGAAGAAGCGAUUCAGCCUGAGGCGCACUCGCCUUCCUCUCAGCAGCAUCAAAGGAUCGGCCAGCAGAAGCAAACGAACGGCCCUCGAUCGGAGUACAAAGGCGCGUCCGGUUGCUCGAGAUCUUCUGACAACGACAGCCCUUUGCCCUCGCAGCCGCUCAAGCCCGAGCUCGAGGAGGGCGCUCCAGGUGCUGGAGCGAAUGCUGGGCCCAGGGCGACGGACGAGCAGGGCGACGGCAACGCGCUGGCGAACGGCACCGCCGCCGGUGCAUCCAGAUGUGUCAGCGGUAUCUUCGCGGGACACGGCAAGCUCAAGAGGUUGCUGGGCACUCUCGUGCAAUUCGCCACCGAUAUCUCGGUAGACACGGGUGACACAGUGCGCACAUUGGUACUCGCGCUUUUGAGCGGCAGCAUGACCGCGGAGGAGUUUCACUCGGCGUUGCAGGAGGCGACCAACUUCCCGCUCAGAAGCUUCGUCUUGCCGUACCUCAAGCACACCCUGCCCUCCCUGCAGAGGGACCUGAGUAACGCGGCCAGGGCGAAUAAUCAGAGCUGCGUGCAGUUCCUACGAUCCAACGAGUCCGCCGUUCUCGAGGCCGUAGGGCUGGUACCGUCCGGCGAGUCCGUCGAGGUCUUCGGCGAGCACGGGGGUGCGAACGGGAUCGGCGGCGGUAAUCAGUGCUCCGCUCAUUACGCCAUGCGCUCGAAUUCUAAUCCCGGCGUCGGCGCCAUUCAGCACGCGGUGGGCAGUAACGCCGCGGGCGCGUUGCACCAUUAUCCUGGCGCUGCUCAUGCACCGAAACGCCGUGCCUCCGACACCCCAUACUACGAGAACGGUGUUCUUCUGGACGAUAUGCCGGUAUACGGCAAGAGGUCUGUUAAUCCUUGGAGCCAUCACCAUCAACAGCAGCAGCAGCAGCAGCAACAGCAGCAACAGCAGCAGCCGACGGAUCCGUCCUAUUGCUGGUACCAUCCGUUGCACUCCUCGGGCGGAUCGAUUCAAGGUCACGCGCACGGCCACGGUCACGGGCCGAGCCCGAUGCCGCCUAGUCUCGUGCAGAUUAAUCAGAUAAACGCGUUCUCCGCGCCGCAUCAUCUGACUCAGCAGCCACAACAGUCAAUGGGCCACAGCUUGCAAACGCAGAACGGUGGCAGCCUCGACGACGAGUGGAAGAAUAUCCACGUGAUGCUCAACUGCAUCCUCGGCAUGGUCGAAAAGACGAAGAGGGCAUUGGCGAUCCUCCAGCGACGGGGAUGUUCCAGCCCGGCGGCCGCGGCGCCUCCGCCAGGUGUGGUUGCAGCGCAGAAUGGUUGCAGCAAUAACGGCAGCAGUAACGGCAAUAAUCCCUCGUCGACCAACGGUGUGCAAGUCGAGUCGUCCACCGGCGAUCGAGAUGGUAGUCUGAAGCGAUUGUCCGGCGAGAUUGUCGCGCAGACGAUCAGGGUGACCGAGGACAGGGUAGCCGAGGUCAAACGACGAGCCGAGGAAGCUGUGUUAGAAGUGAAAAGGGCCGCGGUGGCGGAGGUGCAACGCGCCGUAGCGGUUGCGGUUGCGGAAUCGAGGGCGAACGAACGUUUGAGGGUCCACCGAUUACUGGAUCUUCCUCUGUCCCAAAGAAAUCCGGGUAGCCUCCGCCAGGGCCCUUUCCUGAGAGUUCACGGAAAUUCGAGCGCGGUCGAGACCGGCGCCAGAAACGUUACGACACCGACGACGACGCCGAAUUCGGCGCCGUCGACCACUGAAGAUGAAAAAGACAUCCACCUCACGAGCAUGAUGGGAUCCAGCUGUUGGAAUUGCGGCAGGCCCGCCCUGGAGACCUGCGGUGGAUGCGGGAUCGCCCGGUACUGCGGCUCCUUCUGCCAGCAUCGCGACUGGGAGGCCGGUCAUCAUACGACGUGCAACAAUCUGCCGCCGCGCGAGCCGCGAAGAUCGGCGUCGCGCAGCCCGCCGAGGAUCGCUGCCGCGAAUCUCUCGACGAAUGUCAACGAGGUCGACGCCGCGCCGGUACCGCCCGCCGCCGGGGUCGCGAAGGGGAAGUGACGUCGCGGUAUUAGGAACAGCCAGCGAUCCACCAGAUCGAUCGACUACGAGUCACGCUGAUCGCGCCGUAUCCCCACAAAGACUCUCCUCUGUAAAUGAAUGUAUGAAUUGAAAUGAACCGAGAGGAACUUGUUCCUGUGAAGUCGAAUACCUGAUCCUCGAAAUCGGGGAUUGACUCGAAGUUGUUGGAUGUUUGUUUUGUCCCGUCCGCUCUCUCCGUGAGAAUUAAGAUGAAAAAAGGACGGAAAAAAGGUGAGAGUCAAUACUUAAUUUUGAUAAAUAGGUAUUCAUAUGUUCACAAGAUGAAUUCCUGCGCCCAUUUUUUUUAAUUCAUUCAUCGUCUACAGUGUUUUUACCGAUCAUACAUCUUCUGCGUACUGUAUUUGUCGUACUGCCCUUUUCUUUUCAUGAAACUGAUCGGAGAUUUCUUUUGUAACAUAUUUGGAUACGUGGACGAGUAAGAACGAGAGAUAAGAAUUUCUCUAAUCCAACAUAUCUACGAAAAAAUUGAUUGUACACUUGUCGAGAAUGUCUCACUGUCACGAUCGAACUGGUAUCGAAAAAUACUGGUUCCACGAUCAGUUUAUUCGUUGUAUAGGUCUCUAAUUCCGACAUUUCGAUCAGUUGAACAUAUGCAAUGACAAAUAAAAUUCACGAUUAUUUAAUCAAUUAGAAAACUCGAAUAUUUAAAUAAUCGAUCGAUUUGAUACGUUAUUAAUCUUUCGAUUAUAUUAAAAUAACGUUACCUACUCAAAUAGUACAUGAAAGUUUAAAAGAACGGCUGAAGGAUUAGAGCAUCUUUGGGAAACUAUGUUGCUCGAGUGCAAUUCGAUAGUUUAAAACUUAACAUUUUAACAAUUUAAAUGAUUUUAAGAGAGAUUUUAUUUUGUACUGUCAAAUAAUGAUAAAAAAUAGCCAAAAAUGCGAUAGCGAGAAGCGAAAAAACUUCUUCGAUUACACGCUUUGAAUGAAACGUCGGAUUUGAUAAACCCGUUUUAAGAUUUUAUCGAUUAAUGACACAAAAUGAAUAACUGAUUUCACAAGUAGCGUAAUUGAUCAUACGAGCGUUUGCGUUUUCCGGAUAAAUAACGCCGGCGAGAUAUGCAUAAAUAUUGUCGUAAAUGUUUGUCAGCGUCGUGCCAGAGCCGUUUCUCCUUUCUCUCCUCCACCGAGAAUCGCAGAUUUCCAAUGCAUUUAUUAUCUAGGCUUAAACCAAACAAUAGAAAUAAUGCGUGUCUUAAACGAUUUCUGCAAUUGAAAGAGUAAAAUAGAUAACCGUGAAUCCGAUCAAUGAAUCGCAGAUGUGCGUUUCGCGUUGUUCUGAAUUGAUAUUAGCGAUAAAUGUAGCGUUUACGAAAAUAACUCUCCUAAUAGUGUAGACGUUUCUUCAUUUCGCCGUUAACAAGUUAAAAAUUCUUCAAUAUACACGAAGCUGAGCUGAAAAACGCGCUCUCGUCCAGUUAGGAGACUUUAUUUGGACGCGACUUAGAAAAUGCACUUCUUCCUUCGAUUAUUCGAAGCUAUUUAACGGAACGCAAAACUUUUACUGUCCUUGAUAUCGGUUGAAUCUACGAUGCAUGAAAUUAUGACACUGCACGAAUUAAUUUCUCUUUUUCUCCUCUUCAAACGAUCGAGUAAUAUGUGUUCUCUCACAUCGAUGUAAACUUUUUACUAUAUCUCGAUAUUACACUACGGAAUAUCGUCGUAAAAAUAAUAUAUAUCGCAAGAUGAAGUUGAUAUAUACAUGCACACAACAAACAUAGCUACAAUACACACCGAGUGAUUUGAUUUUAUUACAUGCCUACGCUCAUCUCGAUGUUUCGUACACGACGAGAGAACGAACCGCAUCGAUUUUAUCCUAGUCAAUUGAUAGGUUUAACGAUUGUAACGAUUGUAUAAAUGUAACUUGAGAGUCUCUCGAAAUCCUUUACUUUGCGCGCGCACGCAUCUCAGGAUAUGAUUAUCACGUAUAUUUAAGUCUAGUCAACACGGGAAGACGAAGCGGAUUUUAUCGGUCAUACGCAUUAGGGAACUUUGCUCAAAUCUAGACUACGAAUUAUUGUAAUUUUUCCUAGGCACAUUGCGUUGCGGGGAUGUAUGAUGGAUCCUAUAAAGUGUAUUUAUAAAUUAACGAAAUAUAUGAUUAUUCUAUGUCAGAAUGUAAGAAACAAUA